AUGAUCUCCGAGGGCUACAGCGACCCCCGAACACUGGCCCGCCGUGUCAGCAAGAUGGAGAAGUGGCUCGAGAGCCCCUCUCUCCUUGAGGCAGACAAAGAGGCCGAGUAUGCUGCAGUGAUCAACAUCAACCUGGACGAGCUGAAGGAGCCGGUUCUCUGUUGCCCCAACGAUCCCGAUGAUGCCAAGACUCUCACUGAGAUUGGAACCGCCGGCAUUGAUGAGGUGUUCAUUGGCUCUUGCAUGACGAACAUCGGCCACUACCGCGCUGCCGGGAAGAUGCUGAGCCAGUUCGACGGCCAGUUGUCCACUCGCUUGUGGAUUGCGCCCCCCACCAAAAUGGAUGAGGAGCAGCUCACCAAGGAGGGCUACUACUCCAUCUACGGCAAGGUGGGAGCCCGUACCGAGAUGCCAGGAUGCUCCCUCUGCAUGGGAAACCAGGCACGAGUGGCCGACAACGCCACGGUUGUCUCGACUUCCACACGUAACUUCCCCAACCGUCUGGGAAAGGGUGCCAACGUCUACUUGGCAUCGGCAGAGCUCGCAGCAGUAGCCGCCAUCCUCGGGCGGUUGCCAACCAACGAGGAGUACCUGAAGUAUCACGGGGAGCUCGCCAAGAACGAGGACUCCAUCUACAAGUACUUGAACUUCGACCAGGUGGAGGAUUAUGUCGCGAAGGCUGACAAGGUCCAAAUGUCCGAGUACUCCUAA